AGCUGAAGGGACCCGGGCGCGCGGGAGGCGCGCAGAGCUCUCCGGCUGUCCGUGCUCGCCGCGCCUAGGGAAUUGGCUGUGGGCGAGGCGGCCCCGGCUGGCCUUUAUCGCUCACCCUGCUGGUCGCUUGAAACUUUAUCAGCGAGUCUCGCCACUCGCCGCAGACGCGAGCGGGGGGCGGGGGCGCGGCGAGGCGCCGGCGGCCGUGACGAGGCGCUCCCGGCGCUGAGCGCUUCUGCUCCGGGCACGCAUGGCGCCCGCACACGGAGUCUGACCUGAUGCGGACGCAAGGGGGUUAAUAUGAACGCCCGUCUCGGUGGAAUCUGGCUUUGGCUCCCUCUGCUCUUGACCUGGCUCAGCCCUGAGGUCAGCUCUUCAUGGUGGUACAUGAGAGCUAUAAGUGGCUCCGCCUGGGUGAUGUGUGACAAUGUGCCAGGCCUGGUGAGCCGUCAGCGGCAGCUGUGCCACAGACACCCAGACGUGAUGCGUGCCAUUGGCCUGGGCGUGGCCGAGUGGACAGCAGAGUGCCAGCACCAGUUUCGCCAGCACCGCUGGAACUGCAACACCCUGGAGAGGGAUCACAGCCUCUUCGGCCGGGUCUUGCUCCGAAGUAGCCGGGAAUCUGCCUUUGUUUACGCCAUCUCCUCAGCUGGAGUUGUGUUUGCCAUCACCAGGGCCUGUAGCCAAGGAGAAUUAAAAUCCUGUUCCUGUGACCCAAAGAAGAAGGGAACGGCCAAAGACAGCAAGGGCACUUUCGACUGGGGUGGCUGCAGCGAUAACAUUGACUACGGGAUCAAGUUUGCCCGUGCGUUUGUGGAUGCCAAGGAAAGAAAAGGAAAGGAUGCCAGGGCCCUGAUGAACUUGCACAACAACAGAGCUGGCAGGAAGGCUGUAAAGCGAUUCUUGAAGCAGGAGUGCAAGUGUCACGGCGUGAGCGGCUCAUGUACUCUGAGGACCUGCUGGCUGGCCAUGGCCGACUUCAGGAAAACGGGCGAUUAUCUCUGGAGGAAGUACAACGGGGCCAUCCAGGUCGUCAUGAACCAGGAUGGCACUGGUUUCACUGUGGCUAACAAGAGGUUUAAAAAGCCGACGAAAAAUGACCUCGUGUAUUUUGAGAAUUCUCCAGACUACUGUAUCAAGGACCGAGAUGCAGGCUCCCUGGGUACAGCAGGCCGUGUGUGCAACCUGACCUCCCGAGGCAUGGACAGCUGCGAAGUCAUGUGCUGUGGGAGAGGGUAUGACACCUCCCACGUCACCCGGAUGACCAAGUGUGAGUGUAAGUUCCACUGGUGCUGUGCUGUGCGCUGUCAGGACUGCCUGGAGGCCCUGGAUGUGCACACGUGCAAGGCCCCUAAGAGCGCCGACUGGGCAGCCCCUACAUGACCCCAGCGGAGGUCACCAUCCACCUCCCCUCCCGCAAGGACUCCGUCAGAUCUGCAAGGACACUGGCCUUUGGGUUCUCUCUGGGAGAUGCUUCGUAAGGCACGUGGCCUUUGUCUCUACGGAAGCCCCUUCUCCCUCCCUUGGGACCCAGGGACUGGGGCCACACACUGCACAUUAAGCAUCGCCUAUUCUCUCUGACUGCCAGCACACCUCUCCUUGGUCAUGACAGGCUGUUAGAAUGGGCGGGGGUGGGCCCAGAUCACUGCCUCCAUCCACCUAGACACUUCCUCUUUCUAGAGUAGUUGGCCAGAGGGAAAAAGAGGGCCCCAAAGGAACUUCCUCUGUGUUUUCCAACAAAUGUUGACAGUAAAGAAAUUCCAUACAUCCCUCUGGAGGGUAAAGAAAGCAGGAUCAACCCCCACUGAGUUCACUUUAAUUCUUGAAAAGACCAAGCAGGGCUUUUGCCUGAUCAAGUGGUUUUCGCAGCCACCACCUCUGGGGUAACUGGUAAUUGGCUGGAGAAAAAUGACUUUCAAUAAACUUUAGGUUUCAAAUGCAUGUGUUUCAAGGCAUUUGUUGCCAUAUUAAAAUAUGAUGUGACAAGGUGGGUCUGUUGUCCUUUGGUCCAGUUUGGAAUCUUUGCAAGAGCAAAAGCCUCAGAAAGUGAUUGCUUUGCAUUACUGUCUGCUCCAAGUAAAGACCCUUUUAGGGAAUGAGAUCACCAAGAAUCUGAAGGGAAUGAAAAAGAAGACAAAUGACCUGGCAGUAUUCUGUAGCUAUUGGGUGAAGAUGGAGGAAAGUAACCUAGUGAGUGGAAUGUCAGAGAACGUGUCUGUAUAGAUAAGGGGGGAAUAAAAUUCCUAUCUGAUAUGAUGCAGGUGGCCCAUGGAAUUUUGUAACUGAAACGGCUUUGAGAAUGGAAACUUUGGGGAUGACAACCGAAAUGCUGAACGAGAGGUUUCCAGAGCGAGGUCAUGCCUG